AUGUCACUGCCAUGGUCUGAACGGGGCCGUGCAGACAACAGCACUCUGCUGCCAACCUCGUCAAUGCCAACCAUCACUGGCCCAGGCUCUGAGCUCGCCGACUAUGAUCAGCCAACGUCUCGGCCGCGACACGCCAGAACCACAUCGGCGCAUGCCCGUAGUGUCGCAGAUGAAUUCUCGUUCAUGACCCCGAGCGAAGCCGCCGCCCGCCUGCGUACCUCCCUCACUCACGGACUUACCCCAAACGAAGGUCUCAUCAGACUCGGCAGCUAUGGCCCCAACGAGAUCCCCCACGACGACCCGGAGCCUCUUUGGCUUCGCUUCCUUAAGCAAUUCCAAGAGCCCUUGAUUGUGAUGUUGUUGGUGUCUGCCGGCGCGUCGCUGCUCCUGGGAAAUACCGACGAUGCAAUCAGCAUCACAGUCGCUGUUACUAUUGUUGUCAGCGUUGGCUUUAUACAAGAAUACAGAUCAGAGAAAUCAAUUGAAGCACUGAAUCAUUUGGUUCCAAAUCACGCUCACCUCCUGCGCAGCUCGUCGCACAAGUCUUCAUCCCCAAAAGGACCCGCGCUGCCUUCCAACAUCACGAAUGCUCAAGACAUCGGCGUUCCCGGCACCAAGACACCCGAAGACAGCGUUCUAGAUGCCACUUCUUCCAAGGUCAUGGCUUCUCAGCUAGUGCCGGGCGACUUGGUAUUAUUUACCACUGGCGACCGCAUCCCCGCUGAUGUUCGCGUUAUCAAGGCCGCCGAUCUUACAAUUGACGCUUCCAACCUCACUGGAGAAACCGAUCCUGUUCGCGUCGGUGCCGAAGCGAAGCGUCGCCACGUCAUGCCCCAGUUUGGCGAUGAAAUUUCCAACUCUUCGCUCGCGCCCAAUGCCACCACAAGCAUGGAAAACGUUGCCUACAUGGGAACUUUGGUCAAGUCUGGCCACGGUCAGGGUAUCGUUUUCGCCACUGGCGGGGCCACACAGUUUGGUGCGAUUGCAACAAGUGUGUCUGGGACCGAAAGUCCUCGCUCACCUUUGCAGCUCUCUAUGGAUGAUCUAGGCUCGCAGCUCAGCAAGGCGUCGUUUGUUGUCAUUGGUCUCAUUUCUCUUGUUGGCCUACUCCAGGGCAAGAGGUUGUUGGAAAUUUUCACCAUUUCCAUUUCCUUGGCUGUCGCCGCCAUCCCCGAAGGUCUCCCCAUCAUCGUUACCGUUACUCUCGCUCUGGGCGUACACCGCAUGGCAAAACACAAUGCCAUUGUACGCCGUAUGCCCAAGGUCGAGACGCUUGGGUCUGUCAAUGUCGUCUGCACAGACAAGACGGGUACACUCACAACCAACCAUAUGACUACAGCUGAGAUGUGGUAUUUUGGCCGAGAGGUGAUCAAUGUUGAGGAGGAAGCUGAAGCUAUUGAAUCCAGCCUCUCUCAGGCCGCCUCUAGAAUCCUACGCAUUGGUAAUAUUGCCAACAAUGCAAGACUUGUGCAUAGCCAUACAGAAGGCUCUGUUCCAUCUCUUGCUGUGAUGUCGUCGACUUUAGGUCGAGGUGAUACUCCAUCUUUUACACGAUGGGCCGGUCAGCCCACCGAUGUUGCCAUGAUGGACCUUCUAGACAAGUUCAAAGAGCACGAUGCUCGCGAAUCUGUCGGGCCCCGUGCAAAUGAUAUCCCAUUCAGCUCAGACAGAAAGUGGAUGGGCGUCAUCAUUGGUCAAGAGAAGGAAUACGCCUACAUGAAAGGAUCCAUUGAGAAGGUUCUUGCAGCCUGUGACACAUACCUUGACAAGGAUGGUCGAGAAAUCGUUCUCGACUCAGCUCGCAGACAAGAAGCACUCCAAGCCGCGGAAUCAAUGGCUUCAAAGGGCCUCCGCGUCCUUGCCUUUGCCAGUGGGCCUGUCUCGCGUUUCAGCCGAUCUAGCGCACGAAGCAGCACGCCAGUAAUGGAAGCGUCCCCUACUCUUCCCGGAGAGGAGGCCUUCAAGGGCCUAACAUUCGCUGGACUUGUUGGCAUGAGUGAUCCACCUAGGCCCGGCGUUGGCAAAUCUAUCCGACGACUCAUGCGCGGCGGGGUCCGAGUCAUUAUGAUUACCGGAGAUGCCGAAAUGACGGCUCUCGCUAUCGGCAAGCAGUUGGGCAUGAAUAUCGCUACUGCCAGCUCGUAUGCUGCUGGACAGACUACUGUCAGGCCAGUGCUGCGAGGCGACGAGAUUGACAAAAUGUCGGAUGAGGCUCUCGCAGAUGCUAUGCAGCACACGACUAUUUUCGCUAGAACGACUCCCGAUCAUAAGCUCAAAAUUAUCCGCGCUCUUCAGUCUCGAGGCGAUAUCGUCGCCAUGACUGGUGACGGCGUCAAUGAUGCGCCGGCACUGAAAAAGGCCGAUAUUGGUAUCUCCAUGGGCCGUCACGGCACCGACGUCGCCAAGGAAGCUGCGGAUAUGAUUCUUACUGACGACGACUUUUCGACCAUUCUGCGCGCCAUCGAAGAGGGCAAGGGCAUAUUCAGUAACAUUCAGAAUUUCCUCAGAUUUCAGCUCUCCACCAGUGCCGCUGGUCUAUCGCUCGUUUUUCUCUGCACCUUGCUUGGCUUCAAAAAUCCGCUGAACCCAAUGCAGAUUCUCUGGAUCAACAUCAUCAUGGACGGUCCGCCGGCCCAGUCUCUCGGCGUGGAAGCCGUUGAUCCAGACGUUAUGAACAAGCCCCCAAGGAAACGAAAUGACCCUGUGCUCACACGUGGUGUCAUUACGCGCGUAUUGACAUCUGCCUUUAUUAUCAUGGUUGGAACCAUGCUCAUCUACAGCCAUGAAAUGCUUGCCGACGGCGAGGUGACGCGUCGUGACACAACCAUGACCUUUACCUGCUUCGUCCUGUUUGACAUGUUCAACGCUUUGAGCUGCCGGUCUGAAAGUAAAUCGAUUCUCCGCGGCGAAGUCGGCCUCUUUUCCAACAACCUUUUCAACUGGGCCGUGUCACUCAGCAUCGUGGGCCAGAUUCUUGUCAUCUAUUUGCCAGCGCUACAGGAAGUCUUUCAGACUGUGCCGUUGACUUUGGGCGAUCUCUUUCGUCUGAUGGUCCUGUGUAGCACAGUCUUUUGGGCAGACGAGUUGAGGAAAUAUCUAAAAACGGGCCAGCUCGGCAGCGAUGCGCGGUUCCAGCCAAACGUAUCCGCGCCAAUGUCCGCUCUAAUGCACAGCGGUGCCAAUCGCGCCCACAGCGACGACACGACGACUGCCUCAGCGAAACACCACAACCACCAUGCCGCCGCCGUUGCGGGGCUCGAGAAUGCCGCCACGCUGGCCGACGUGCGAGCCGCCCUCGAUGCGCUGCAUGUCCGCGAAGCGGGCAUCACCCGACGCCUCGAUAAACUGAUUGCCUCGCAGACGGACCUCUCGCGGGACCUCGGCCGGCUGGACAUGCUGCGCGCGGGGCUGGGCUCCCAGGUCAUUGCCACACGCUCCAUUGGCAACGAGAUGCUGGCCACGGCCGCCGAGACGGCGGGCGACUUGAGCAGCAAGGUCAAGAAGCUGGAUCUCGAAAAGAGCCGCGUCGAGGAUACAUUGCGCGUGGUGGAACAGGUGGCGGAGCUCAAGGCCUGCGUGCACGGCGUCGUGGGCUCCAUGGGGGCUCCGCAAGACUGGGAGGCGGCCGCCGGGUAUCUGUCCAGGGCGGGCUAUGUUCCCGAGGAGAUUAUCAAGGGCUCUUUUGCCGCGGGGAUUGUGCCCAGCGUCGAGGUGCCGGAUGCGCCGUGGACGACGCUCGAAAACGCCAAGGAGAGCCUCUGCACAUUGUUUCUGCGCGAGUUCGAAAAGGCCGCCGCUGACGGUGACGGGACCAAAGUCACUAGAUUUUUCAAGCUAUUUCCUCUCAUCGACCGCACAGAAGUCGGCCUAGACGUAUAUGGGAAAUAUGUAUGCCAGGGUGUCGCUGGGACAGCUAGGACGACGCUCAAGGACGGUAUCGGUGGGCAGACACGCAAAGACGGCUUCUUCUAUGCCAACGCUCUCACAAAAUUGUUUGAGCACAUUGCGCAAAUUGUCGAAGGCCAUGGAGGCUUGGUGGAGAGACACUAUGGCGCGGGGAAAAUGGUUCGCGUUAUCGAGAGGCUCCAGAUGGAAGCAGAUGUGCAGGGCGGCAUUAUUCUCGACACUUGGGCUGACGAGCGCAGCCUGGAUAGGAAGAUGACUGAUGUGAAGAGCUAUCCAUUUUCAUUCUUGGUACAAAGCUUUCUGCCACCACAAUCACGAAGCAACACUCCGCGCAUGAGCUCGCCAGCAGUGGGUACAGGGACCGAUGGCCGCGGCAGUGAGGAUGAAGGCGUGAAUAUGAAAGAAGUGGACGCUUUGCUGAGCGAAAUCGCAGUCAUGCUUGGCCGUUGGUCACUUUACACGAGGUUCAUUUCUGGUAAAUGUGUUGUUCCCGACUCUGAUGAUUCCACGCUGCCGACCGCGGAGGUGAUAAUCAGAUCCAACCUGUACAAAAAGAUUAUGGGGAAGCUCGUGUCACCAUACAAUAUCAUGACGGGCUUCUUCUUUCGACGGUCUGUAGAAAAGUCGUUUCAGCUGGACGAGUAUCCGCCAGGACUGUCGUUGAAGAUGAGCAAACCUAUAUCAGGUGAGGCGCCAUACAUUAUCUCGGCCGUGGAUGAUGUCAUGUACAUCAUGAAUUCUACGAUACAAAAGUCCAUUUCAACGUCCCAGAGAGACGUGGCAUCAAACGUGAUUCCCUCGAUUGAGCGAAUUCUGUCGGCGGACUUCAUUGGUAUGAUACAACGCAAGAUGCGUGAUGAAACUUAUCCAAAGCCGGUAAUACAAGGUGGUUUUCCACCAGAAGACAAAAUAGUUCAAUUCAUUGUCCUCAUAAACAGUUUGGACACAGCGAAUCGCUAUCUUGACAGGAUAAUUGAGGGUCGCAUAACACUCUCCGAGGAGAACUCGCCCAUUGCAGUCCCGGGUGAGGGGCUAAAGGGACCUUUUCCCUUUGAGAAAGACGCCAUCAUGGUCGCGAACCAGCUGCAUAAGCUUCAAAGGACGUUCUUGGCAAAAUCCACCGAAUUGCUCGGUGAAGGAAUCAAUGUCCUAUUCGAGCGGGUCGUCAAGCUACGCCUGCGGCCGGUCCUUGCCGAGACCUUCCGUGAUGCCGAUUAUACGCUGACGGAGGAGGAACUCGCCGAGUACGCUGAGCAAAACGAGGAAGACCCGGAGCAGGCCAACGAGAUGGUGGCACGCCGAUUUGAGCGCGGUUGGGACAUGCUGAUGAAACCCAUCGGCCGCAUCAUGACGCCAGCCACGUUUAGUAUCUUGUUGGAAACGACGGCCAAGUACCUAUCCCGGGUUCUGGAAAAGAGAAUCCUGAGCUAUUCGGGCAAGACGAGUGACUACGGCGCCAUACGUAUCGAGCGCGAUUUUUCGGCCAUUGUCAGUAUCGUCGCCAAGGGCCAUUACGGCAUCCGGGAGGAGUUUGGCAAGGUGACACAGCUCAUGAUGGUGGCCAACAUGGAAGACGAAGAGUGGGAGGAACUGGUUGCGCUCGACGGCGACGACGGCAUCGAGUGGACGCUGACUGAGGAUGAGAAGAAAAAGGCAAGGGCCCUUCUGUUCGCGCAGGUGGCGGCAGCAGGCGUCCAGCCCCAAAGCAACACAAGAGCAGCAAACUUCACGCUGGCCAUCACCACUGCGGUCCGUCGACUUAUAUCGACUGCUCUCCGAUCGCGCCUGGCCUGGACGCCGCUCACCAUGCAGACGCACGUCGUCAGAAUUCCCGCGCGGGGAUUAGAGCUGGGCCACUUUCGCGACUCCAAGGGUCCCAGCCGGUUGGAGGAGUGGUGCGUGAGCGACGCCGCCUCGUCGCGCGGCUCUGUCGAAGCGCUUGCCCAAGCCGGCGUUCACCUUCGAGACCGGGACACGCCGGUAGCCUUUCCGACGGAAACGGUGUACGGACUGGGAGCCGACGCGACGCGCAGCGCGGCAGUCAAGGGUAUCUACGCGGCCAAAGGGCGCCCGUCGGAUAACCCUCUCAUCGUGCACGUCUGCGACCUGCAGAUGCUGCGGCGCCUGACAGGCACCGAUGCCGCGGCGCGCGAUGGGCUCCCGGAGAGAUACGGAGCGCUGAUUGACAGGUUCUGGCCAGGUCCGCUGACGAUACUGCUGCCCAACGCGCAGCCGUCGCGGCUGGCGCCCGAGGUGACGGCCGGGCUGGCCACGUUUGGCGUGCGCAUGCCGUCAUCGCCGCUCGCGCUGUCGCUCAUCAAGCUGGCGGGAGUGCCCUUGGCGGCGCCGUCGGCAAACGCCUCGACGAAGCCGUCCCCGACGGCGGCGCACCACGUCCGGCAUGACCUGGACGGGCGCAUCGAGCUCAUCCUGGAUGGCGGGCCAAGCCAGGUCGGCGUCGAGAGCACCGUCGUCGACGGGCUGUGCGACCCGCCGAUUGUGUUGCGUCCGGGUGGGAUCAGCAUGGAUGAGCUGCGCAGCUGUCCCGGCUGGGAGCACGUUGUCAAAGCAUACAAAGAUCACAGCGAAGAGGGCAAGGCGGCGCCGAGAGCGCCCGGCAUGAAAUAUAAGCACUAUAGCCCCAAGGCGCACGUCGUAUUAUAUGAAGCGUCGUAUGACGCUGCCCAGAAUGGCAUCGCACCUGCGGAUAUCAAGGCCGCGAGUGCGUCACAACAUGGCCACCCGCAAGACGACGGAGCGCGACCGGCGAGAAGGAUCGGCGUCAUUCGAACGGAGCGGUGGGAAGCGGCUGCCGGCUUACAGGUGAAAAACUGGCGCGAGGCGUCACCUGUGGCUCCGGAAAUCGACAAGCCUUCAUAUGAAGUCUAUACAGGUGACCUUGCUGGUCCGGGAGGCCAAGUGAUUGGCGAGCUGUUUGAUGUGAACCUGGGCAAGGACGCAAAGAGAAUUGCCCAAGGGCUCUUUGCGGCGCUACGUGAGCUCGAUAGCCGAGGCGCCGACACGAUAUUUGUCGACGGUAUAGACGGAGAAUUAGACAUUGCGGCGGCGGUCAUGAAUCGCUUGCGCAAAGCAGCAUCGGAACUUAGAUCGUGA